CAUGAAAUAAUUCAACAUAGCUCCUCCUUGGUUCCUGGCCAUUUUUUUUUGGACUCACACCCCUCCCUUUUCUCCACUCUUGUCUUCUCUUCUCUCUUCUACACUCCCCCUCUUUUUCCAUCACCCCUCUCAUAGCAUUCAGCCUGUAGGAGCUGCAGCAGCAGAAGUCUUUUCGGCACAAGGGAGGGGAAUAAUGCACAGAAUUCAGACUCCCUCUCAAGCCUCAGGGAGCAAAGAAAUGCGAGACAAUGUGUGACGGCUAAUAAGGAAUACAAAAAGGGGCAAGAAAGACCAAAUAUUGAAGGGAUAGGCUAGGAAGCCCAGAGCACACCACUGGGGACGUUACAAAGGAAGGCGGGAGAAGAUGGAUAGCAUAUUGUUGAUGGUGGACCAGUACCCUGUUUUCUCUGUGUUGUUGUUCUCUCUUGUGUUCAGGGUGGUCCAUCACUUCCUGCGAAAGCUGCCCCUGCCUAAAGUAGUAGAACAUGAUAAGCUUCGAUCCUGGAAGUGGAGAAACCUCAGUGUGUCUCUGGUCCAUUCAAUGCUUACCGGCCCAUGGGCCAUCACCUGUGUGUGCUUAUGGCCAGAGAUGCUCGGCAACAUGCAUUCUUUCUCCACCCCAGUCUGCUACCUGCUAGUGAGUGUUUCAGCAGGUUAUUUUGUGCAAGAUGCUGGUGACAUCAUAUUUUCAGGACAUGCCAUUGGAUCAUGGGAGUUUCUUCUCCAUCACUUCUUGGUGUUGUGGUGUUUCCUGUACAAUCUGUACAACCAGCGCUAUGUGGCUGGAGCAGCGGUUGCCCUCCUGGUGGAGGUCAACAGCAUGACCCUCCAUGCACGGCUGCUGCUGAAACUGGCAGGAGCACAGGGUUCACGUCUCUACUAUGUCAACAAAUUCUUCAACCUCUUCACCUACGUCACCUUCCGCUUGGGGGCCCAGUUUUACAUCACCUAUUACAUUGUCAUCAAUUUCUCUUUGCUGCAACAUGGUAGCUACUUCCUGAUAACUGUGCUAGUCAUGGACACCAUGAUUCUCAUCUACUUCUUCAGAUUACUCAGGGCUGACUUUUGCCCGAGAGGGAAGGGCCAUGUCACACAGAAUGGUGCUCUCCGCAGUAGCUCCUCACAGCUUUUCGAUGACUGAUCAGACCUUGGAGGAGGAAUAAAAACUUGACUGUCUGCUUCAUCAACCCUGAGUAGAAAACUGUGUUUUCACCUGGUCAAUUCAGUGUCUUGUGCCUGGGUUUUAUCUUGAUAAGAAACACAUUAAUUUAUACUUGUAGUAAACUUGUGUCAAUGUCUGAUUUCAGUAUUAUACAUUAAUAUACUGUGAAUUAAUCGCCUCAUUAAAUUCUACUUCUUGUGGGAUUCUUUAUUUUCUUUUUUUUAAUGCAAACGAGGGGUUGUCUUUGGGGGAGAUGGAUUUAUUUACACUUAUAUACAGUAACAACCAGCUAAGUUGUGUUUCAUACAUCCUUCUGAAGGGGUUUAGGGCAUUCUAUUUAUAUCUAUUUCAAAUAGCUGCAAUUACACAUGGAAUUUUAUGUGGGAAAACCGCUAUCUAGAUAUAAUCUUUUGAUUUAAGAUUAUCGAAACAACCAAAUGUAAUAAAAGUUUCAAUGUAAUGGGUUUGUGUAGCCCAGUUCACUGGGAUAUGUUUUUACCCUGUAAAUCUAUAACUGCCUCUCUCUGCCUUCUCUCUAGAGGUCCUCGAGUAUCUCACUGCCUCCUGUGUUUGUGCAAUUGUAAUUAAUGUCUAAUAGGAUGUGGGUAAACAGUAUGGCAACACUGUCAGGCCUUGUGGAUCAAUGUCAUGGUUGUAAACAAAUCAAGCAAUAAUGUAGCACUAAAUGGCAAACACUUACCGAAACUUCUUAUACAAUAGAUAAUGUUCCUGUUUUUCAGAUGGAAAAUUGUAAUUCAUAUUCACAGUCAAAACAACUGUAACAGUGAUAACAAUACAAAUCAAAAUGUCUAUAAUACAAGUCAACUGAUUACAUUGGUUGUGCUUUUAAAAUGCACUUCACAUAGAAAAGGUGAUUUGUUUUGUUCUAGGUUUUUGACAAAUUAUGGUCUGAAAGAUUUUGAUCAUCAGACACAAUCUCAUAAAGCAAAAUCAUUUAUAAAGGUAGUGUGGGUAGUGUAAAAAAGUGGUGGAGGAAUUUUUUUAUGCCAGCAGGAAGCUGUGGUUUUAUUGAUGUAAUUGACCAGAUAGCAACUGGACAAAACAACUAACAUCACUAGAUGUUCAUGAGCCUUUUGUGAAUGCUACCAUUUUUUAAUAGCUUUCCGAACAUUCUCAGUAAACAAAGGCCCAUCCAAACAGUGUUUUGCUUAUUUUUAAGUAUUAAAAGCACAUAAGCUGCAUAGCCAGGAGGGCUAUUACACACCCGAGGAAUGGUGCAGUGGUGCUUUUUUGUUGCAUGUAAAAAAAAGCACAAAAAGAUGAUUCUGCAAGAAUAUACCAUAAAUCAACUCCUGUACUGUACAUAUACCCGACUCAUUCCUAAUAUUAUUUAUUGCAGCGUAUUUCUUCAAGGCUAUGGAGGUCUAUUUAGAUUUGCAUUGAGCCAUUGUUCUUUUUUUUUCUUACAUACUGCAGGUUGGAACUGUGACCUAAACAUGAAGGGUCAGUGUAAAAUAUGCCUUAUGAUGAGUGAAAACUUUGAACAGGCCUUUGGAACACAGAGAUUGAACCCGACAUUAUUUAUUGUAUUUGCAUAAAAUUAUUGUGAAUAAACGUGCUAAAUUAAA